GAUCGCGGGCGCGCGAGGUGCCUGCAGUGCUGCUACGCGCGGAGGCGGCGCGAAGGUGACCGCGGCCCAGCUUCCUGCCCCGGGCCCUGAAGCAUGGCUUCCAUCAUGGGGGAGGCGAUCAUGGUGCUCAAAGGCCUCGCCAAGCUGACGGAGGCGGCUGUGGAAACCCACCUGCAGCACUUUGGCCUGGGAGCGGAGUUCAUCAUGGCGGCCAGGGCCCUGCAGUCCACAGCUGCAGAGCAGAUCAGCAUGUUCUUAGGGACGGUGCAGGAGCAGGACAAGCACGAAGAAUCUUACAUGUCUGAGAGCUUUGACGACCCAGAAUCAGAGUUCCACUUCUCAGGGCCAAGGGCCGAGGGCGCCUCUGCAGACUUCUCUGCAGCCUCCUCCCAGGAGUCUUCGUCUCCACCCCAGGAUCACGCCAGCAGCAGGGGCCCAGCUCCCGCCUACGUUGACAGUGGACCCUUUAGGGAAGCUGGGCUCCCAGGGCAGACUGCCUCUCCUCUGGGCAGGGGGGACGGGAGGCUUUUUGUAGAUGGCAGAGCCCCCUUCUCUCCCACUGGCCUGCAGCGAAGGUUCUUCCACCAGGACCAGUCCCCUGUCGGGGGCCUUACAGCCGAGGACAUUGAGAAGGCCCGGCAGGCCAAGGCGCGCCCCGAGAGCAAGCCCCACAAGCAGAUGCUCAGUGAGCGGGCUCGGGAGCGGAAGGUGCCCGUUACAAGGAUUGGGCGGCUGGCCAACUUUGGAGGUCUGGCUGUGGGUCUGGGCUUCGGAGCACUGGCUGAAGUCGCCAAGAAGACCCUCCGCUCUGAGGAUUCCUCAGGCGGGAAGAAGGCCGUGCUGGACUCCAGCCCCUUCCUGUCGGAGGCCAACGCGGAGCGCAUCGUGAGCACGCUGUGCAAGGUGCGCGGGGCGGCGCUCAAGCUGGGCCAGAUGCUGAGCAUCCAGGACGACGCUUUCAUCAACCCCCAUCUGGCCAAGAUCUUCGAGCGGGUGAGGCAGAGCGCGGACUUCAUGCCCCUGAAGCAGAUGACGAAAACUCUCAACAGUGACCUGGGCCCCAACUGGAGGGACAAGCUGGAGUACUUCGAGGAGCGGCCCUUCGCAGCCGCCUCCAUCGGGCAGGUGCACCUGGCCCGGAUGAAGGACGGGCGGGAGGUGGCCAUGAAGAUCCAGUACCCUGGCGUGGCCCAGAGCAUCAACAGUGACGUCAACAACCUCAUGACCGUGCUGAACAUGAGCAACGUGCUUCCGGAAGGCCUGUUCCCCGAGCACCUGAUCGACGUGCUGAGGCGGGAGCUGGCCCUCGAGUGCGACUACCAGCGAGAGGCCGCCUGCGCCAAGAAGUUCAGGGAGCUGCUGAAGGACCACCCCUUCUUCUACGUGCCCGAGGUCGUGGACGAGCUCUGCAGCCCCCACGUGCUGACCACGGAGCUCGUGUCUGGCUUCCCCCUCGACCAGGCCGAGGGGCUGAGCCAGGAGAUCCGGAACGAGAUCUGCCACAACAUCCUGGUCCUGUGCCUAAGGGAGCUGUUUGAGUUCCACUUCAUGCAGACAGACCCCAACUGGUCCAACUUCUUUUAUGAUCCUGAGCAGCACAAGGUGGCUCUCCUGGACUUCGGGGCAACUCGGGAAUAUGACAAGUCCUUCACUGACCUCUACAUCCAGAUCAUCAGGGCUGCCGCCGACCAGGACCGGGAGGCUGUGCUGAAGAAGUCCAUCGAGAUGAAGUUCCUCACUGGCUACGAGGUCAAGGCCAUGGAGGACGCCCACGUGAACGCCAUCCUCACGCUGGGCAAGGCCUUCGCCUCUCACGAGCCCUUUGACUUCGGCACCCAGAGCACCACCGAGGAGAUCCACAACCUGAUCCCCGUCAUGCUGAAGCACCGGCUCGUCCCGCCCCCCGAGGAGACCUACUCGCUGCACAGGAAGAUGGGCGGCUCCUUCCUCAUCUGCUCCAAGCUGAAGGCCAAGAUCCCCUGCAAGGACAUGUUCGAGGAGGCCUACAGCGGCUACUGCAGGAGGCGGGACGGGCAGUAGCGCGGCACGGACCCAGCUGGCGGGCGGCGCGCCAUUCAAACUCCUUUGCCCGAGGGGAGGUGGGGGCUCUGACCGGACGCUCAUCACGGUUUCUGUGGCUAAGAGGGUGCGGAGUGAGGUGUGCACGAAUGAGAAUGAACCCCACUGCUCUGUCAGAACCUCACAGUUGUUCCUUCAUCCUCUGAAAUCCUCUAGAUAAAGAUAAAGGCAACUUGAUUUCCUUUUGGUAACAGGGCUUUUACCUAAUGUGAAUGUUAACCCGAAGGCGGGAAUCCCUGCCCCCAAGGAAACGGAGAGCCCUGUGGCUGUUAGUGAGCAUGAGUUAAAAGGUGUGUGUUUUCUGCCCUUUUCCUCUCCAGCUUGUGCUCGGCUUCCAGAGCCGCCCGGGAGCGGUGCCCACAGUACUCGUUCCCCGCGGGCGGCCUGCUCCCCGGCUGGCGGCUGGGCUGUGAGAACUGGAAGUGUCUGGAGAGCGGCUGCCUCCCGUGGGCGGGUCAGGAGCAGGGGAGACGGACAGCUCCUGACUUCUAGCACGUGUAGACGCUGUGUGCAGGGGACCCUCCGUCCCCUCCGGCCCAGGGCCUUGUGGAGUGACACAAUGUGCACAUGUCACAUGGUUAGACCGGGGUCCUCACAGGCUCUGUUAAUUUUUGUAAAAUUCUUGUAAUUGUCUGAUUUACUUGUUUCAAUAAAAGCAAAACUGCCCGACCA